AGCCGUGUUUAAUAUCCAACUCGUGCCCGUCUGCGGUUUCUCCCUCCCUCACUGGACGGACUUUCGAUGGAACAUUGUUGUCCUGAAAUCGAUCGUGCCACCGGAUCGACCAAACCGACCGCCGCCUCCUAGGAGCCUGCGGGCUGGGCGACAUGUCGAAGUCCAGUCCGUCCAUUAUCUUCCACCAGGGCUUGCGCUGCACAAAAGUCCCCAGAAGGUCCGCCGCAGUCACCUCGUCCACCAACUUAUCCACCACGUCAAUCGCUCUCCCGGAUCCGACGACCUCCGUGGACUCAUCAUCAUCAUCAUCAUCAUCCGUCUCUUCGACCUCCACUACGUCGCACGCAACGGUCCCAUCGGACCCAGAGACCACGGAGAUCACAGAGACCACAGAGACGCCAUCCCCCCCACCAUCGGGCGUUGAUCCGGUCACCACCCAUCUCUCCCAGCCCGUGGAAGGGCGUCACACGGCCACCGAUGAACUGACCUCAUCGGACGACCGAGGGUCCCAGACAACGCAAGCAUCUACCUUCCUAGCCAUCACCGCGCCCCCGGUGACCUCCGCCGUUGGACCGCCUCUAGCAACCGAUUCGGCUACCUUGAGCGCACCGGGCAGUCCGCCGGCCGCCACCUCCGAUGGCGGUUCGGCACAGGGCCUGCCCACCCCAUCCAACAACGACAACGACGCCGUUCAAGACUCACUCCGGACCCUUCUGGGGAGUGUUCUCGGCGGAGUCGGCUUCGUCCUUCUCGUGUUCCUGAUCUGCCUCCUGCUCUAUCGCUAUCGACGUCGGAAAACGCGAGGCCUGUGGUUAGAUGGCAGCGGCGAAAAGCGCCUCCUCCACCCCCGGGAGUCGGCAGACUCGUCGACCAGCUUACGCCAUGGAUACACCCACUUCAUGCCCAAUUCCUCCACCCCCUCCCUCUACCACCACUUCCUCGGCACUCUGAUGAGCCCAGGAUACGUCAACUCCCGACCCCACAUCCCCUCCCGCCAUUCCGAUCCUUUCUCCGACGCCGGUGAGAUGCAAUCGACGCGGGGGAGUUUCAACAGCCUGACCGAUCUCCUCCACGACCCGUUCAUCGACCAGCUGCAGUCCCCGAUCAUGCCCGCCGCGCGCAAGGAUCGGUCGUCCCAUCGCACCGCCUCGUCGUACCUGGACCCAGCGCAGCUCGAGAGCCUCCAACGACCAGGAAUCCCCCACAGCGCCAGCGAAACCUCGAUCCCAAACAGCCUCGGCAGCACCAUUAUCCUCCCGGGGCCGCACAGCGCAGGCAGCAGCCUCCGCCGCUUCAGCUACCACAUCGGCAUGACCGACGCCCCCACCACCACCACCACCACCACCACCACUCCCACCGCCGCCCCGUCACCCGCGUCAGCACCCGCAGCGACCCUUUUGAUUUAGAGGUUCCCGCCAAUGUGAUGCACCGGCGCAGCUCGGGGGUGCUCCC